UGUCCUCGGAGAAUGGGGACGGCUGUGGCUUGAGCUUGGUUUUUCGGUUGUUCCCUGUUGUACGCUCAGUGUUGCUGCAUGAUUGACAAGGGAAGCCAAGAACAAAUCUGCGAUAAUCGUCUCCACUCGAACAGGGCGAUGUAACUCACAGUAACAGUGCAUUAUUUCACAGUGAGUUCUGUGCCUUGUGUUUGAUGUCUGCUCCAAUCUGGAAUAGAGCAAAGUAUUCCUGCAUCAAAAGAACAGAAACUGGAAUGGCAACAACAGCCAAAGGCUGAAAAUGGACGAUACCGAACCUGAUGAAGUGGAUAAACUGAAGGCGAAGUUUAUGUCAGCAUGGCACAAUAUGAAGUACAGCUGGGUUGUGAGAACCAAAACAAAUUUUAGCAGGAAUACUCCUGUCUUUUUGCUGGGAAAAUGCUAUCAUUUCAAGUCAGAGGGAAUGGUUGAAAGUGCGUCAGGCUGCAGAGAUGCAGCUACAAGCACGGAAAUGGUUUUGUGUAAUGUGAAUCAAUUCCGUAAAGAUUUCAUCACUAGAAUCUGGCUAACGUAUCGCCGUGAGUUCCCACAGUUAAAAGGUUGUACACUCACAACAGAUUGUGGCUGGGGCUGCACGCUGAGAUCUGGUCAAAUGCUUUUGGCCCAAAGUCUUCUGCUCCAUUUCCUUGGACGAGAUUGGCUCUGGCCAGAUGCACUUCAAAUGGUUACCUUAGAAACUGAGCUAUUCAAAGUCAAGCAACCAACAAUGUCUGAUGACUUUGCAGGUUUUACUUUCCUGCCACCUUUAGAAAGUCCACUGCAGGAUAUGAGUGAACAGCUGGGCUCAUCAAGUUAUGAAAAACAAACACUAAAGUUAAAUCCUGUUAGCACAGCAAACGAGGAUGAAAAGUUCCAUAGGAAAAUUAUUUCCUGGUUUGCAGACAUUCCAGCAGCUACCUUUGGAAUGCAUAAGUUGAUAGAAUUGGGAGAAAACUCUGGCAAGCGAGCUGGGGAUUGGUACGGACCAGCUGUUGUUGCCCACAUUUUAAGGAGAGCAGUGGAAGAUGCAGUGGAGCCCGAGCUGCAAGGAAUAACAGUUUACGUUGCUCAGGACUGUACAGUUUAUAUUGCUGAUGUAAUAGAAAAGCAUUUACAAGUUAUUGGAUAUGGAGUACCAAAAUCAUCAGACAGGACAGCUGUUGUUAUCCUAAUACCAGUGAGACUUGGAGGGGAGAAGGUCAACCUUGAGUACAAAGAGAUUGUAAAGGGGAUCUUGAGUCUUGAGUUCUGCGUUGGAAUUAUUGGUGGAAAGCCAAAACAAUCAUUCUACUUUGUGGGAUUUCAAGAUGAUAGUUUGAUCUACAUGGACCCUCAUUACUGCCAGUCAUUUGUGGAUGUCACAGCGAAGGAUUUUCCACUUGAGUCAUAUCACUGUCCUUCUCCGAAAAAGAUGCCAUUUAGUAAGAUGGAUCCUAGCUGCACAAUAGGGUUUUAUUCACACAGUGAAGCUGAUUUUGACAAAAUAAUUGAUGAAGUAACAAAGGUUCUGAAUUCACCAUCUUCCAAGGAGAAGUAUCCAUUGUUUACUUUUUCAAGUGGACAUGCUAGAGAUUAUGAUAUUGAUAAACUUUGCAUGCCGAAAACUGAUACAGCUGCACAACUCUCAGAGGUUCCAAGGAGAAAAUCAGAGAAAUUGAGUAAUGAGGAGUUUGUCUUGCUGUAACAGGAAUUUCAUGGUAAAUAUAGUGGGACUACCCUGUCAGUGCUGGCACCAGUGGGUGCCCAUUAAUACUGAUGUACAGAAAAAUCUGUAAUUAUACAACUAGAUGCUGUUCAAUUAAAACUAUUUUGCAAAAGUACAAAGAUAUUUUACUGUAUAUAAGAAAUGUAAUCUUACCUAAUAUGUUAGUUUCUGAAUAUGUACAAUGAAAAUAAACUUUUUAAAUUGAUUAUAAAUAAAA